UUUUCACUUUAGCCAUGGCUGAAAGACACUGCUCGACUCUUGUCGCCCUCGCCAUCCUACUAGCUAUUUUUGCAGAAGUAUUGACGGUCCCGACUGAAGGAAAGUAUGAUAUUCCUUCUGGAAGACUUGAUGAAAAGCAGAAAGCUAUUUGGAAAAGAUCAUACAGGGUUCUAAGAGGAAUGUCGUAUUUACCACUUGAUAAAAUAGGAGGUGGAGUUGUACUCAGAGAAUUGCAAGAUGAACAACCAUUUGGAGAUUCCCAUCAGGAAGAAAAGAAUGCUAUCUACAAAAGAUCAGACAGAAUUCCAAGAGCAAUGCCUCUUGACAAAAUCGGAGGAGGAGUUGUACUCAGAGAAUUACAAGAAGAAUCCUCUGAGCAACCUAAAAGGGAACAAAAUAAGAAUGCUGGAAGAGAACGCCUCAGUGAUGAUUCUCAAAAAUUAAAAAGGAAGCGUAGAGAUGCUAAUGCCAUUGAUGAUAGCAUUUUACAGAAAACCUUUGAAGAAAUUGAUCCUUAUAAAUUUAAUUUCUUUAAAAAGAGAAAUUUUGAUGAGAUAGACCGAGCUGGUUUUCGAAACAUGGGCAAAAGAAAUUUCGAUGAGAUUGACAGAGCUGGUUUUCGGAACAUGGGUAAACGAAAUUUUGAUGAGAUAGAUCGAGCUGGUUUCCACAACUUAGGAAAAAGGAAUUUUGAUGAAAUAGACAGAGCAGGUUUCCAUAACUUAGGAAAAAGGAAUUUUGAUGAGAUCGAUCGAGCUGGUUUCCAUAACUUAGGAAAAAGGAAUUUUGAUGAAAUCGAUAGGGCAGGUUUCCAUAAUUUAGGGAAAAGAAAUUUUGAUGAAAUAGAUAGAGCAGGUUUCCAUAAUUUAGGGAAAAGGAAUUUUGAUGAAAUCGACAGGGCUGGCUUUCGUAAUAUGGGCAAAAGAAAUUUUGAUGAGAUAGAUCGAGCUGGUUUCCACAACUUAGGAAAAAGGAAUUUUGAUGAAAUAGACAGAGCAGGUUUCCAUAACUUAGGGAAAAGGAAUUUUGAUGAGAUAGAUCGAGCUGGUUUCCAUAACUUAGGAAAAAGGAAUUUUGAUGAAAUAGACAGAGCAGGUUUCCAUAACAUAGGGAAAAGGAAUUUUGAUGAAAUAGACAGAGCAGGUUUCCAUAACAUAGGGAAAAGGAAUUUCGAUGAAAUAGACAGAGCCGGUUUCCGAAAUAUGGGCAAAAGAAAUUUUGAUGAAAUAGAUCGAGCUGGUUUUCAUAACUUGGGAAAAAGAAAUUUUGAUGAAAUCGACAGAGCGGGAUUCCGCAGUAUGGAUAAAAGAAAUUUUGAUGAAAUCGAUAGAGCUGGAUUUCGAAGCAUGGGAAAACGAAAUUUUGAUGAAAUAGAUAGGGCUGGAUUUCGUAGUAUGGGAAAGAGAAAUUUUGAUGAGAUAGAUAGAGCAGGAUUUCAUAUGUUAGGAAAAAAGAAUUUUGACGAAAUUGAUCGUUCAGGGUUUUCUAACAUUGGUAAACGAGUUUUUGAUGAAAUUGAUCGAUCAGGAUUCACAAGUAUUGGUAAACGAACUUCAGAAAAUCCAGAAAUAUCAUUGCCCAUAAUUGAUAAAUUUCUGCUUAACAAUGCUGAGAGUUAUCCUCCAGGAUUUCUGCUGAAAAACAUUGGAAUAGAAAAUGAUAGCAGUAUGGGUAAAGUGUAUGAUAUGAACAUGCAUGAGGAAGAUAAGAGAAAUUUUGAUGAAAUUGAUAGAUCUGGUUUUAACAAUAUAGGUAAAAGGAACUUCGACGAAAUAGAUAGAGUUGGAUUCAACCAUAUUGGAAAAAGGCAGGUCGACAAAGCAGCUAAAGCUCCUUUCAGCAAAGAGGAUUCAAGUCAUGGCAGUGAAAAUCAAGUAUAUGGGUCAGUAUACAGUGCAGCAAAUAGAGCAAUGGGCUCUAUAUUAAAUCCUACUACGCCGAAGGAUGCAAAGAUCUCUUCAAUCAUCAAAGAGAAAUAAGAAUAGUUAAAAACAUUAUUUACUUGUCGUGAAGUUGUUCCCGCCAAAUGUUCAGAAGAAUAUUUCACAAUAAAACAGUUAUACUUCUCUGCACUGCUGUCAAGAGUUAUGUAUUCCUGAAGAUAUCAUUUGAAUGUAGAUUGUAGAUGCCAAAACAACACAUGAAAUAAAAAGUGUUAAAUAUUUAAAA